CCACAAAUUACACGCCCUAAAUAAUAAAAAUAAAUUUAAAAUAAAAAUAAAUAGAUUUAUAUAUCUACUUACAUACAUAUAUAUACUCUAAUAUGCAGAUAUGUAUAUAUAUGUAAAUUAAAUAAUAUAAUAAUGUAAAAAUAUGCUUUUUGUUUAAAGUGAAUAGUGAAUAAAUUAGAAAAAUUCAUUGGAUUACCAAACACAAAAUUACAAGCAACAAAAGAAAUUAAACAAAAAAAAAAUAAUGGUCCCCUAUUCACCGUUUCUUCUACUUUUUUUUUUUAAUUUGAAAAUUAUAAAAUCGAAAUAAAAUUCAACAAAUAAAUUUAGAAAAAAAAAAAUUAUAUUUAAAAAGUGAAUUAAAUGUUCCUCCUUGUUAACAAUUUAAAAAAAAAUGUGUGUUAAAUAAAAUUAAUUAAAUUAAAAUAAAAUAAAAAAAAAAUGAUAUAUUUUUGCAAAAUAAAAAAAAUUAAAAACAAAACAAAUUAAAAAAAUUUUAUUUAAAAUAGAAGAAAGAAAGCAAAGAAUAAAAAAAUAGUGCCAAGAAAGAAUGCAAAUUUGAAGAAAAAUAACAAAACAAAAAAAAAAUAUUUUUUUUUUAUAAUUUCAAUUACUAAAAAAAAAAAUUUAAAAUUAAAUUUAAAAAUAAAAAAGAAAAAUUGCUUAAUAAACCAAAAAUUCAAUAAAAAUGAUGAUGGCUGCAUGUUAUGCCAAUUAUGAUAUGUCUUUAUCUCAUAAUUUGCCGACGCAACAUGCUCAUCAUGUUCAUCAGCAUCAAGAACAUUCACAACAACAUCAACAGCAACAGCAUCAACAGCAGCAACAAUCUCAACAUCAGACUCGAAUAUCAUCAGUUGCUGAAUUAUUAGCUGCGGCAGCAUCUUCAUCAAUUGUUGCACAACAAAAAGAUUAUAGUAUACCAUUACAUGUCGAUUGUAGUGUUGAAUAUGAAUUACCAAAUCAACCAAAACCUCCGGCUGGUCAACGUAUUGAACCUUUACUUAUGAUACAUCCAUGUUAUUUUAGAAAAAUGGAAAGUCAAAGACGUAGUCCUUUUAUUAAUAAUAUGCCAAAUUCAACAAGAAAUAGUGCUUUAAUAUUAUCUACAUCUUCAUCAUCUUCAUCUUCGUUAUUAGGAUCAUCAUCUUCUUCAACAUCAUCAUCAACAUCAUCAUCGUCAACAGUUAGACGAUCUUCACAACGUCAAACACAACAACAGCAACAUGUUAUAACGAAUUCAUCAACAGCAUUAGCUAAUCAACAGAGUCAACAACAACAACAACAACAACAGCAACAACAAUAUCAUUCACAAAGUUUGCAUUCCAUUCAAAAUUCAAAUCAUUUAUUAAAUCAACAGAUACAACAACAACAUUUAUCACAACAGGCCCGUUAUCCUAUUAUUUCAAAUAUACAAUCUCAUCAACAGGCAUCAGCAUUAGGAUCAUCUUCGUCAUCAAAUGUACAAUCAUCAGUAACAUCAAUUACAAAUAAUGAUUAUAAUGAAAGAGCUAUGAGACGGGCUACAAUAAUUCAAACAAGAGCUGUAAAUCAACAACAACAACAACAACAGUAUCAACAACAACAGCAACAACAUCAACAUCAAAAACAACAACAAAUACCUCAAUGGGAUAAAAUAGCUUCAACAUCUUUAGGUAUGAUAUCUUCAAUUUCAACACAUCCAUCAACUACAACAGCGCAUCAUACGUUACCAUCAUCAGUGGCAUCAUCAUCAAUAGUUCCAACUGUUAAUUUAAUAGGAAAAACAUCAAAUUAUAAUAAUAAACCGGUUGGUAAAAGAGAUGCUAUGAUAUCUGGUGAAUGCAGUAGCAAUAAUAUUAUUACAAAUAAUAAUAGUAAUAAUAAUGUCAACAGUAACAACAACAAUAAUAAUAGUAAUACCAAUAAUAAUAAUAUUAGUAACAGUAACAACAAUUGUAACAACACCACUAAUCAUUUAAAUAAUAAUCGCAAUAAUUUUAGUAAUCAAAAUAAUAAUAAUAAUAAUAAUAGUAAUAAUAAUAAUAACAAUAAUAGAAUUAGUAACAAUAAUAAUAUUACAAAAAUUAAUAAUGGUAAUAGUGCAAAUUGUACAUCACUAAUAGAUACAGCAACUAAUUUACGUAUGUGGGAUGCAUCAAAUUCUUUAAUUGUUCAUCGUAGUCCAAUGGCAGCUGUUCCUAGUAAUUAUCAAGCUGGACCAGAGACUACAUCAACUUCAAUAAUUAAUAAUAUACCAUAUAAUAGUACAUCUUUAUCAUCAUUAACAUCAUCUUUACAACAAUCAUCAACAUCAUCUGGAUCAUCAUCAUCGUCUGCUUCAUCUACUGCAGCAUUAUUAAAUCGUAAUAUUAUUGAUAAUGAUAAAAUUAAUGGAAAAUAUAGACAGUAUUUAAAAUCACAUAGAAUUCAUCCAUAUUUAAUGUCAAAUACAAGCAAUUUAGGUUCAACAUAUUCUCAAUUAGCAUCUGUAACUAAUUUUCCACAUCAUCAACAAAUGCAACAAAUGUCUUGUUAUAAUGUAUAACAUUAAAAUUUUCUUGCAAAACAAAAAAAUACAUACUAAAAUGAAAUUUAUUAAUAUUAAAAUAAAAUAUCCAAAAUAAAAAAAAAAAAUUAUUUAUUCUAUAUUUUAGUGAUAUUUGGAUAUAAAAAUUUAGUGAUAUAAAUAGAAAAAUAAAAUUAUUAUUGAAAAAAUAAAAAUUGCAGUUGAAUUAAAAAUGAAAAUUAUAGAAAAUGAAAAAAAAUAUUAAUAAUUAAAAUUAAUUGAAAAAUAUACCAGAAAAGUGAUUAUUAUUGGAAAAAUGAAAAAAAAAGAUAAAAAUUUCAAAAUGAAAAAUUAUAUCCGAAAAUAUAGAGAAAAUAGUUUAGAAACAAA